AUGGUUGAUAAGUGCAAAAGUUCCGAUUGUGAGCGCUUGGCAAAAAUCCGUUCCAUGGCCGCUGAUGCCGAUCGAAUCCUAGUAAGGAUGAAAAGGGCAAGAGCUCAGCGCCAAGCCCUCAAAGAAGCUGAAGAGACCAGGAUAAAACAGCAAGCACAGGAAAUGGCGCAAACUGUUCAGUCUUCAUGGCAGACUUGUCGGCGGUUAAACGCACUCAUGCGAGAGCGCACACGGAAAAAUGAGAUAUGGUUAAGACAGAUUAGAGAUGGAACUAGGGUUCCACAAAAAUUGAUUAAAGACUGGAAACCAGAAUUGAAGUCCUCGGGGAAAGCCGAUGACAAGGAGGCAUCUUCAGCCACCGAAAAUGCUGACAAAAAUAAAGCAGAUUUGAGAGCAUCCGAGGGAUGUGGGAUAAAAAGUAAAGAAGUGUCAGUUACACCCGCGGAUGGCUAUCACAUGGAUGAUGACAAAGAUAAACAGGUAUCGGAAACAUUUCUUCACAAAGUUAUAUAACGUGUGUAUGUAAACAAACAGUUACUGGAUACGUUAUUAAAGGGUACGCUCAUCUUACAGUUUAAAAUAAACUCUGCUUAAGAUGUACAUGCAUUCAAUUCCGAAAAAAGGUAUAUUCUGCUGGGUAGGUUAUCAUAUUUUCAUAAGUAUGGGGCUCCAUUUUUGCGUUUGUGAACAGGAGCUCCGCUAUUACAAUUUUAUGGCUGUCAUAAUUUAAACUUCCUACGAUUUGUUUUACAGGUUAACGAAACCAGGGAUACUGUGUCUGAUCACAGGGAAACAAAGAGAGAACACGCUAACAUAAAUCCAGUUCGCAAAGUUCGCGGAGACACCAAGGUCAUCAAAAUGAAGGUAAUUAUUUCAACAGUUUUGGAUCCUCUCUGAAAUGAGUGAACAGCUGUAGAGGUGAGCAAUUCGUUGAUUGCCUAUACGUAGCUUGAAGCCAUGCGAGGAGAGAUGGUGCAUAGUUUAUGCUCUUAA